UUUUGGAUUUGACUGGUCGAGAUUUUUGCAUCAAUGCGGUGCAAAUCUUUUCAUAUUGAACUAUAAUUGUUUUACAAGUCCAUUGAUUUUAGUCCACGUUUUUCUUUUUUCAUUUUGUUUUAAAAAAACUUGAGCUAUUUUAUAUGAUGAAGUUCUUUAUAUUCUCACUUGUCGUAGUGUUGCUUCCACUAAUAACUACUACCAAGAUAUCAUCAAAGCUGUCCCCAUCUCUUUCCUCAUCGUUACAAACCGCAUCGGAAAAUAGUGUAUGGAACAUUGUCGUCGAAAUGGAAGAUGGCGUCGAAUCUGUAUUCCAAAAAACUUUCGCCAUCACAAAACUAACUGAUUUCACGAGAGAUGAGAAGGCGUCACUCCUCGGUCAAGAAUUAGCUGCUCAUGCAUCAACUUCACAAAAAGGGGUGCUAACACUCCUCGCUCAGAAUAAAGGAAAACGGAAAAGUGGCGCAGAUCCACCAGAAAUUUGGUCAAGUUGGAUUUCAAAUUCCGUCUUUGUGCGUGGUGCAGACAAGGAGUUGAUUCUGAGUUUGGAGGGGGCACCUGGUGUUGCCGUAAUUACAGAGGAACUUGUUAUAGCAUUGGAAGUGUUGAAAGAGGAGCCUGUGAACACUCUCGCCAACGAAUGGAGCAUCGAGAAAGUCGGCGCCCCCUUUUUCUGGGCGAAUAAAAGCCAUACUGGAGAAGGCAUAUUAGUCGGGCACAUAGACUCGGGAGUCCGUUACACCCACAUUUCUCUCCGUUCAAACUGGGUGGCUGGAGUCGGAGGCUGGUUCGCCCCUCGAAAUUCUUCGUCAUCACUCCCAUACGAGACAUCACGAUCAAGUCAUGGGACGCACACUCUCGCCACCGCUGUGGGGGCAGAUGGAAUUGGUGUCGCACCAGGCGCCAAAUGGAUGAGUUGUCUCGGAUGUUUUAAUGACACUUGUCUUGGCGGAGAUCUUGCUGCCUGCGGAGAAUUCAUGAUAUGCCCAAACAACCCCAGCCAACCUAGCGGUUGUACUGGAGUUCCACAUAUCGUGUCGAAUAGUUGGGGUGGGAAAGGGGGCCAGACCUUCUAUGACAGCGUAAUCAGGUCCUGGCGUGCUGCUGGGAUCAUUCCCGUCUUUGCGGCGGGCAACUCUGGUCCAAACUGUGGUUCCAUAGGUUCCCCCGGAGAUAAUCAAGACGUCAUCAGCGUGGGUGCAACCACACAGGACGAUGUGCUCGCUGCUUUCUCCAGCGUCGGCCCAAACACGCGUGGGUCGAACUACAAACCGGACAUUGUGGCUCCGGGGGCACGAAUUCGUUCCGCUACAGCUCAGACUGAUAUGUCAUUUGGCGAAUUGAGCGGCACGAGCAUGGCCACGCCCCACGUUGCCGGCGCCGUCGCUCUCCUCCUCUCAGAAAAUCCACGCGCCUCGUACGCCACGGUGCGAAAAGAACUUCUCGAGAAGGCCCAGAGAGAAGGGUUGCGUGACUUUGUCGGUGCCCCAGAUUGCAGCACUGCCCAGGACUGGCCUAAUCAUAAGUUCGGCUAUGGGAGGUUGAAUUUAAUGAACGUUACAGCAGGAAACGGUGCUGGGUCAGCUGGGUGUUUGGGGUCAGGACUUGUGCUGGCUCUUUUCCUCGGCGUAAUUAAUAUCGUCAUGGUUAGACAAUGAGCUAAUCAAAGUGUAAUUCAUAUGUAUCUAUAAAUUCCUCUGUUCAACCAUGAAAUGGCAAUAAAAUUGUAUACUUUAACACAACGCUA